UUGCAAAAUAGUAUACAAAGUCAGUACGGCAUAUAUAAUGCAUUGGUUUGUCAUACACAUUUUCGUAAUUAGUUUUGCACUGUGUCAGGCAGAAAAACCUAAUAUUUUAUUCAUCCUUGCUGAUGACUAUGGCUACAAUGACAUCGGGUACCACGGCGCCAACAUCAGAACCCCUAACCUGAACCAUCUUGCUGACGGAGGUGUCAUACUGGAGAACUACUAUGUACAGCCCUUGUCAACACCGACACGGAGCCAACUCAUGUCGGGCCGUUAUCAGAUACAUACAGGAUUACAACACGCUGACAUCACCAACGCCCAGGCGAAUGGUCUACCCCUCAACAGUCCCACACUCGCCGACAAACUGAAAGAGGCUGGGUACUCCACGCAUGCUGUGGGAAAAUGGCACCUUGGCUUCUACAAGGAGAAGUUCCUACCCAUGAACAGGGGAUUCGAUACCCACUAUGGAUUUCUGACAGGAAACGAGGAUCAUUAUAGUCAUAAAGCAUGUACCUUACUGACGAAGGGACAACCGGAUGUUUGUGGCACUGAUUUCCGGGAUGGGCUUGACCCCUCAAAUCACACCGGCACCUACUCGACCGAGCUAUAUAGAGACCGGGUACUGGAUAUCGUCAGCAAACAUAACACGUCUAAGCCUCUGUUCGUGUACCUCGCACUGCAAGCCGUUCACACACCACUCCAGGUCCCAAAACAGUACCUUACAGGAUUAUCCUACCUCUGGGGGCCACGCAAAAUGUACGGAGGAAUGGUAGUUGCUAUGGACCAAGCUAUUGGGAAGAUUGUGUCAGCUUUCCAGGAUAAGGGAGUAUGGAACAACACACUGUUGGUAUUUUCUACGGAUAACGGUGGUCUAGUAAAGCAUGGAGGAGGUAGUAACUGGCCACUGAGAGGUUUCAAGGGCUCGCUUUGGGAGGGUGGAAUCAGAGGGGUGGCGUUCGUCCAUGGCAGCAUACUUGGGCGGAGUCAGGUUGUUUCCAAAGAGCUAAUGCACGUAUCCGAUUGGUACCCAACGUUGGUGGGCGUGGCAGGUGGUUCACUAAAUGGUACACAGCCAUUGGAUGGCAUUGACCAGUGGAAAACAUUAAGCAAUGGAAAUAUCAGCCCCAGAGAUAUUCUUCUGCACAACAUCGACCCUCGCACACACCCUAUAGGAGAGAGGGUGUAUAAUGACACGUUUGACACCAGAGUGAGGGCAGCACUCAGAUGGAAGAACUGGAAAAUCCUAACAGGCAAUCCGGGUAAUGGUAGCUGGGUGGCCGGGGAAUGUGCUGGUCUGGAAACAAAACGUGGCAGCGGUGGCGAGCCGUCGAAAAAUCUGUGGUUAUUUGACCUAAGCAAAGACCCCAAUGAAAUGGAUGAUCUAUGUGAUGUAUACCCCGACAUAACGAGGAAGCUGUUGGGUAUGUUGGACCAAAUCAACAGUACUGCCGUACCAUGUAUCUUCCCAGAUCCAGAUCCCAAGGCUGACCCCGCACUUCAUGGAGGAUUCUGGGGACCUUGGGUAUCGUAGCGUGGGUUGUUUUCAGUCCAGAGA